AAACUAUUUCCUGUUUGCAGGUUUUUGCUGUUUAUGAAGCAGGUCAUCCACAGGUGUUAGCAAUAAAGCUAAGACAUCAUCUAUUGAAUCUUCAUAGCCAUUUAGUAGGACCACUAGACUUGACGACAGGGUAGGAUGGAUGGGGAAGUCCACCUCUAUUUGGCUCUGUUUGCCCACACCCCAGAGAAAACAGGAAAUGAGGGGGACGAGCCAGAAUAUAUAAGUAUUGAGGUAGGAGACAUCCUCGAGGUGAAGGGUCCACUUCCAGCUACCACUGACACCUGGAUGAAAGGACAUAACAAAAAUAAAGGCACCACUGGAUUCUUCCCUGGAAACUUUGUGGAAUAUGUAGGUCCUGCACCGAAAGUAGAACCACCUGCAUUACCAGAAGUUCCCAAGGUGCCUCAUCGACUGGUAGAGUGUUACUUCGUGAGACCAGUCCUCUGCGCCUUCUGUAAAGAAUAUAUCUGGGGAACAGGAAAAGUUGGCAAACGAUGUGAAGGUUGCAAAAAGUGCUGUCACAUAAAAUGUUGGAAAGUGUAUUCUGGCAGUCACUGUAAGCGGGAUAAAAAUGGCAUCGUGCCCCAAACACAAGAUAAAGAAGUGCCCCUGAAAGAUUGGAAUGUCAGUGAUGUUGUCGACUGGAUGGCUGCAGUGAACAUCUAUCGUUAUGCUCAACUCUUCAGGGACCGCAAUAUAAAUGGUAUUAUGUUGGAAGACAUGGAUGAGGACAAACUUCAAGAAAUGGGAAUCAAGGAUAGCUUUCAUAAGAAAUCUAUCAUGGUGGCUAUUGAUGAACUCUGUGGACGUGAACCAGAACCAAGCAAUGGACCCGUCUAUCCCUCCGACCCCAUGGAAGCCGCAAGCUGUGGAGCAUCGUCAGAGCAUCGGUUUGCAGAAUACAGCUUCUCAUCAAUGCAAAGAUGUCAUCUUUGCGACAAGUUUCUUUAUGGACUUGUGCGCCAAGGACUUCAAUGCCGGGAGUGUGGCAUGUGCUCUCAUCGCUACUGCUCAUCAUCUAGAACGUCAGAAUGUAACGUGCCAAAGAUAGACCGCUUGAGAAGACCCAGUUUCACACAAAAUUCAUCAUUUGGGGCCGAAUUAGGCGAGGAAGUAAGCAAGGGCCAUUUAGAGGCUCCGUGGAUAAUUGUCAAGUGUACAGAGGUCAUUGAGAAGUGGUGUGUGGACCACAAAUCAGAAGCCUUGAGUGUGUACAGAAUUUUUGCUAAGACUGAGGAAAUCAAUGAAAUCAAGGCCGAGCUGAACCUAGUGAAUGAUCCAACACAAGUGAAUCUAGCUCCUUUCAAUGUGCACUGUGUGGCUGGUGCACUGAAAAAGUACCUCCGCGAGCUUCCCAACCCAGUUAUCCCUGUCGACAUGUACGAUGCAUUCAUGGCCGUCGCACAGCAGGGCGAGCAUGGAUCACUGGACAUUACCAAGAAUUUGGUGGAACUGAUCACAGCUCUGCCUGGUCCUCAUCAGUCAACGCUGCGCUUUUUGAUGGCACACUUCAUCAGGUUAUGGAAGAUCCAGCAUGAGUCAGAGGUGGAUGAUGGUCUUGACAAACUGUCCCAUGUGUUCUGUCAUAUUCUGCUACGCCCUCCCUGGGAAAAAAUCAUUGAGAUAGUUGAUAACACCAAAUACCAUAUAGACAUCUUCGAGGAGCUACUGAAGAACGGAAGUUGGGGGGAGGCCCCUCCUCCUGCCCCGCCCACCAGACCACCUCGACCACAGUCUCCUAUCAUCUCCUCCGAACAUCUCUCCGCCAUGUCUGCCGAGGAACGAUUAAAAGAAGCAGAAUGGUACUGGGGCAAUCUGUCCCGAGAGGAAGUGAAUGAACUAUUAAGAGACAAACCGGAUGGAACAUUUUUGGUGCGCGAUUCAGCUACACAAGGAGAUUACACAUUAACAAUACGAAAAGGUGGCACUAAUAAGCUUAUUAAAAUUUACCACAGUUCUGACGGCAAGUUUGGCUUUGUGGAACCAUUAACUUUUAAUUCUGUUGUGGAACUUAUACAGCACUACAGUAAUAUUUCAUUGUCCAUCUACAAUCGGACACUAGACACCAAGCUUCUCUACCCUGUGUCCAAGAACAAGGCAGCGGAGUUAGAUACUGACAGCCUUAAGGAAGAGUGCAAGAAACUACAAAGAAUAAAUGCAGAAUAUCUAACUAAGAUGCACGAGUAUGAUACUCACUACGAGGAACACUCCAAACUAUCUCAGGAACUCCAGCUCAAACACCAGGCAUUGGACGCCUUCAAGGAAACUGUCGCUGUGUUCGAGGAACAGAUGGAACUCCACCGCAAGCAUCAACGAGACGUAUCACUACACGAUAUUCAAAAGUUACACGAAAAUUAUGAGUUGUUGAAGAGUAGGUGUCAAAGUAUUUAUGAGAGUAAAGAGAAAUUGGAAAUGGAAAUUAAUCGAAAAACAACACUUAAUAGAACACUUAUAGGUGAUAUGAACAGUUUAAGACCAGAAAUCAAACGACUUCACAAACAGAGAGAGCAAGUGAAGAAGUUCCUUCUGGACCAAGGAGAACAGCCCGAUUCUAUAGAUGCCAUUCUGUUGGAAAAUGACAGGGACCCUCUAUUAAAUGAGAAGAACUGGUUUGUCAACUGUGUCCGUGAACAAGCUGAGCGUCUCCUCGCUGGAACAAAAGAUGGAACAUUCCUGAUUCGACCAAAGGAUCAUGUCCAUGUCUUGUCAAUAAUGUGCAAUGGAAAAGUUGGUCACUGUAUCAUUGGUAACAAUGAAGGGCGCUUUGGAUUCUCUGAAGGUUUUUACAAAUUUGACGACGUCAAAGACCUCGUCUUACACUAUCAUAGAGAGUCGCUAAAGGAACAUAAUGGAGAACUGGACACUAAACUUAUUUACCCUGUGCACUGUCAAACGACUGGAGCUCAGGGUCAAGGCCCCUCAGACAUAUACCUCAAAAUGCGACCAACGACAUCUUAGUGCAUGUAUAUGUAUUGAAAUUAUCGACAGUAUUCAAGGCAACUGUGAUUCCUCUCUUCAGUACUGAUACAUAUGUGACAGAGGUUAUGGCAUAAUGUUAAACGAAAGCAGCUGCAUGAAGUGGAAGCUGAGAGCAAGAAGGCUGUGGCAACCACAAACUAGCCACUGUAAAAUGUGCUGUUUCUCUUUCAUAGCAGAUGUAAACAGUAACUGCUGGUAUCCCAUAGUAAAACAUAAGUACUAGUUUUUAUGUGCUACCCACUAGAAAACGUCUUUCAAAUCUGGUGCACAGUUGGUCAUAUGACCAGGGACGCUUUGUUUCAUUGGAUCAAGUCUACAAGACCUUUGAAUUGCAGUUGAGUCAAACUGUAUUUUGAUUGGUCAAAUGAUUAUUAUAUAUUUUAUGUUUUUUGUCGGAUGUGUGAACAAAUUUGUGACUGUGUUACAACUUGUGGAUGAUAUAUACCAAAGGGUAUGAAAAAUGGCAGACAUGUUUGCAAAUGGAAAUUAUAAAUCUGUGAUUGUGACAUGCCAAGUGCUAUAUAUAGAACAUGAAAUGCAUGUUUAAGAUUUCAAAGUCAUUUUCCUUCUGAUAUUUUUUUGCGGAAGAAAAAGAAAUUGUAGGACAUGUACAAUGAUCAUGGUUAUAUAAAUUGCAUGUGUAGAAUAUGUGGAUUUUUUUUGUGAGAGCUUGUUGUUUUAUGAAAACUAAGUUUCUUCAGUAUGAAUGAUGAUAGUUAGGUUUAUUAAGAGUCUCUCUUCUCACUCAUGAUCAGUGAUGUGUUGUUGUUUUAUUCUGUUGCUGAUAAGGCUUAUACUGCAAUCAAAUUGUUACUCUGAGCAUGAAAAUAAAUUAAAUGGCAUUUGUGUGCAUUAUCACUGUUCAACUACAGAAAUAUGUUGAUCUAUUCAUUAAGACUUGUGUUCGAUUAGUAAAACUGUAAAUAUAUACGCUCUUGAUCAAUUGGUCAAAAAAACACACAGUGCUCUGAUGUAAGACGAGAAAGAGUGGGUGAGAAAGGACCAUCGCAUUACCAUGUUGUCAUACAACUUCAUUACCCAUCAUUGUGUUUACCUGUGCUUGAAAAUAUUUCCAAGUAAUUGAAGACAUUAAGACUGGUGCUAUAUAUGUAAGUGAAAAAGUUUGAUUGAUAAAGCACCAGGUGUUACAGAUGAGAGUAUCUAAUGUGUAGGUAAUAAUUACACAAAUCAGUGCUUUUUGCAGAAUGUUAUUCUUAGAUAAAUCCAGUGUUUAAUGAUAAUUUCUACAGAGUACCUAGUGCAAACUGAGAGGAUAGCAAACCUACCAGUACAACAGUUCCCACCAGAUCUGUGUGUACGUAUUUCUCCAGCAGCCUCCAGGCACAACCUGCACUCAACCAUGCGGAGAGACAGAGAGAUAACUUGUCUAAGAUUUCUGUGCAUAAUUUUAUACUGAUUCUUGCUACCUAGUAUUACUCUGGCAAUUUUAGAAGUGCACUUAGCCACAAACUUUAUAAAUAACCAGCUUAAGACAUAUCCUGUGCAGCCCUUUCAGCAUUAGAUUACCUUGUGCUAUUGUGUCUAUAUUUAUAUAAUGUUUCAGACAAAUAUAUUUCAAAAAGCGCCCCUAUGGCCUCAAUUUUUCAAAGGUUAAAGUUUCAAAAGAAAUUUUCUCAUGUUCAUUAAAUAUGGAUUUAUUCAAAUAUUUUUAUUUUUAUCUUCCUGUUAUGGAAAAAUGAAUACUUAAAAGCAUGUUUAUGACAUUUACAGGGCAAAUAUUAUUUAUGUGUGUAAUUUUGAAAAUCUAUAUCAGAGAUUAGUAAAACCAUUAGAUGGUUUUCAUUUAAUAUAAUAUUUUUUGACAACAAAAUUGAUUCUGUAUUUUAUGAAUCUCUCUUGAGCUCUCCAAACUAAAUGGCUUUAUGUUGUAACUAUUUGUUAGGGUUUCAUAGUUGAAUGAGGAGAUAUACAUUCCAAAUGAAAUGUAUAACACACUAGCACUGAAUGUGUCAAGGAUAUACCAGGAAAUUAACUCUCUUUUUCUUUUCUUCAUAAAUGCUUUAUGUUUGAGAUAAAAAGGCUAUAUAUAAAUUAUUUGUUAAUGUAUAAGGUCAGGGUACAACUUUUGUUACAGGACUGUUGCGUAUCAGUCUCCUUCUGACUAUCACGAUGGAGACAUUGUGUGCACGUCAGCUUUUUACCAUUUAUGACAGAAAAUGUUGUGUAGAAGAAAAUUCCUUAAUUUAAUAUUUCCUUAAUGUAUCUUUCCACUGACUUUACCAUCUGUGAGUUUGUCUGUGUGGUUUCUGUGUCAGGCAGAUGUGAUGUACCAAUUGGUUCAUAUCUUACACAAAUCCUACAAAUAAAGUCAUUAAUUUUAA